AUGGCCGAAGCUGUCGCUCUUAAGGAAGUGAAGAAUGAGAAUGUUGCGAACUUCAUCCGAGUAAAUAUCAUCUACCGCUUUGGAAUUCCUUGUUACAUAAUAACGGAUAAUGGCAAGCCAUUUGAUAACAAAUUGAUAAACAAGAAUUGUGAUCUCUUCGGUUUCAAGCAGCGUAAAUCUUCUAUGUAUCAUGCUGCUGCUAACGGUCUAGCUGAAACGUUCAAUAAGACUCUGUGUAACUUGUUGAAAAAGGACGACUUACAAAGACACGCAACGCAAGUAACCCCAUACUCGCUUGCUUAUGGAGUUGAAGCAAAGUCCUACCACUUCGAGCGCCAAAUACCUUCUUUACGACUUGGUAUUCAAGAAUGGCUCACCGAAGAGGAAAAUGCUCGAUUGCGUCUUGCAGAGUUAGAAGCAUUUGAUGAGAAAAGGCUGGAGGCUCAACAAAAUCUUGAAUGUUAUCAAGCCCGUCUAUUUCGUGCCUUCUACAAAAAGUUCGCUUGA